CGGCCGGCGUUGCUGCUUUCUGUAACCAGUGUUGCAAUUUUAACUUAUAUAAUUCCAGAAAGCUAUUUUAAAUAACGCAAACAAAAAGGCUGUUGUAACAGCGUGCUCUGUUUUAAAACACGAAAUGUGUACUUUUACCACACAGAACCAGUAGGGGUGUUUUCCCUCCGGUUUAUUAGAAGUUAUUCAGACUUUGCAGUGAGCGAUGUAUAUGGGUUUUUUUUUACAGAGCUGCGUCAACGCUAGAUAUUUAAAGCCCAGCGUUUGAGCUGGCAAUUAUAAAGGGGCUUGUAUGUGUGUCAGAGAAUUAAAACCCAAUGCACAAUUUUUCAUUUGUUGCAUUUGUUCUAAGGGCUGUGUCUUUUUAAUUUUGAGGGGGGAAAAAGUGACAGUUUUUCCGUUUCUUAUCCAGACCUCUCACCCCCGAUUUGAAGAUGCCCCUGACGGCUUCUGCCACUUUUUUGGGCAAGAGCUACAACUAUGAUUACGACUACGACUCCUUCCAGCCGGUUUUCUACGAUGAAGAGGAGAAUUUCUACCAGCAGCAGCUGCCGGCUCCGAGCGAGGACAUCUGGAAGAAAUUCGAGCUGCUGCCCACCCCGCCGCUGUCGCCAAGCCGCAGACCCAGUUUCAGCCUCUUUCCUUCCAACGCCGACCAGUUGGAGAUGGUCACCGAGUUCCUGGGCGACGACCUGGUCAACCAGAGCUUCAUCUGCGACGCGGACAGCGAGUCGGUGCUCAAGUCCAUCAUCAUCCAGGACUGUAUGUGGAGCGGCUUCUCGGCGGCAGCGAAGCUGGAGAAGGUGGUGAGCGAGCGGCUGGCUUCGUUGCAAGCGGCCAGGAAGGAGCCGGGAGCCCCCUGCACCUCCUCCACCCCUUCCUCCUCUUCUUCCCCACCUCCCCUGCGGACCCCAUCUUGCAAUACUCCCGCUUCGGCCGGGGGUGCCGUCUUAACCCCUCCCGCUGCCCCCAGCUCCUCCGCUGUCUCUGCUGCUGCAGCAACCCCCGGCCACCUAGGCAUGGGGCUGGGCGCCGCUUCCAGCACCUACCUGCACGACCUCAACACUUCGGCUACCGAUUGCAUCGACCCCUCGGUGGUGUUCCCUUAUCCGUUCGCCGAGCAUAAAGUAUCGCUGCCCCUCCCUCCCGGAGCCGGCAGCCCCCCUGCCACAGACACGCCGAGUGACUCCGAAGAAGAGCAGGAGGAUGAUGAGGACGAGGAUGAUUAUGAGGAGGAAGAGGAGGAUGAAGAAGAAAUUGAUGUGGUCACUGUGGAGAAGAGGCAGCCCUCUAACAGGAAAGCCGAGUUAAACACAAACCCAGUUAGGGUCUCCCGACCUCAGCACAGCCCUCUGGUUCUCAAGCGGUGCCACGUCUCCACUCAUCAGCACAAUUACGCCGCUCCCUCCCCCCAGCCUCCCACCAAGCGCCUCAAGGUGGAGAGCAGUCGAGUGCUCAAGCAGAUCAGCACCAACAGCAAGGGGAAGUGCCCAAGCCCGAGGACGUCAGACUCUGAAGAGAACGACAAGAGGAGGACGCACAACGUCCUGGAGCGCCAACGGAGGAACGAGCUGAAAUUGAGCUUUUUUGCUUUAAGGGAUCAAAUCCCGGAGGUGGCAAUGAAUGACAAAGCGGCCAAAGUGGUCAUCCUCAAAAAGGCAACAGAACACAUAUUGUCAAUCCAGUCAAAUGAACAGAGACUGAUAUUGGAGAAAGAACAGUUGAGGAGGAAGCGAGAACAACUGAAACACAGGCUUGAGCAGCUGAGGAACUCUAGCAGACAGAAAUAUUAAUCAUUGGCAUUUUUCUUGUUUUUCUGAACUGCCUGAAGGCAUUUCUGCUUUCUAAUUCUUUACAAGAAAAUUCCAGGACAUAGACAUGCAACUUUGCUGAACUUUCUUCCUGCAUGCUAAUGCAUCAUAGACUGAAACUACACAACCAUGGCCAGGCUAUUCUUUGUGGUGACACUUUGAUUUUGGCCAGAAAUAUGUGAUACUGCCUCAUUAUAUGUUAAGACUCUUUACCACAUUUUUUCUGGCGGGGUGGAUUUACCAUGUAUUAGUCUCGCCAAGUUUUAAUUUACAGAUAUAUUUGUAUUUAAUGCAUUUAUUUUUCUUAAAAAAAAGAAAAUCUUAUUGACAGUUUAAGUCUACACUUUUUUGUUUUAAUUACCAUUUUGUAAAGAUUUGUAUAGUUAUUAAAAUUCUUGUAGAAAAAUUAGCAGUUUAUGUAAAAUCACUUGCUAAGCAGUUUUGUGAUGACCUGAAAUUUUGUUGCAAAGUUUCUCAGCAUGUGAAUCGUGCCAUAAAAAAUUUCAUUUAA